AUGUCGCUUAUUCAAGGAUGGAUGCCGCCGACGCGAGAGAGGUGGGAGACUCUCGUCGGAGCCUGGCAGCUCUUCUACCCCGUCCUCGGCAACCUCCAAUGGCUCGUCAACUGGUACGGCAUGGGCAAGACCUCCGUAGCGAGCCGCUUCAACAUCCCCGGCCGCAUCGCCUGGUUCACCAUGGAAUCGCCCGGCUUCCUCACCCUCCUCUACAUAAUGAAGACACUGCCAGCCCAACACGGCAUCACCGAUCUUCCUUGGCAGAAUAGAGUUCUCGCUGGUCUCUUCGUCAUCCACUACAGCUACCGCGCCGUCCUCUUCCCUUACCUCCAACCCUCCAUGUCGCCCAUCCACGUCCUCGUCUGGGCCGCAGCCAUCACCUUCCAAAUCUGCAACGCCACCUCCCUAGGCUGCUGGCUCGCCGCCUACGGCCCCACGACCGAAGAAGCCUGGCUCUCCACCGGCCCCUUCGCCACGGCUCGUUUCGUCAUCGGCAUCGGCAUCUUCUAUUUCGGGCUCGCGGGUAACUUUUUCCACGACGAGGAGCUGCGCGAGAUCCGAAGGGCUGAACAGCGGCGGCAGGACAAGCUGGCUAAGGAACAAGGGAAGGAGAAAAAGGAGAACGCCGUGGCAAAGCAUUAUAGGAUCCCUCAGGCGGGUUUGUUCAAGUACAUGUUGUAUCCGCACUAUCUGUGCGAGUGGAUCGAGUGGCUAGGGUUUUGGAUCGCGGCGGGGUGGGGGUGCGUUCCUGCCAGGGCGUUCUUGGUGAAUGAGGUUGCGACCAUGUUUCCGAGGGCUGUGAAGGGGAAGUGGUGGUAUGUGGAGAGGUUUGGGGAGGAGAAGGUUGGGAAGAAGUGGGCUGUUUUGCCGGGGAUUUACUGA